AUGAGUUGUCCUCCAUCCGACGCCGCUGUCAUCACCCGAACCGUAAACGCGCUCCUCCUGCGCACUCUCGCCCUGCUCCAGACGCCCCUAUCCGCCCUGACGCUGCACCAGGCCCUGAACGCCGCUGACCAGGCCCUCGCGACGGCGUCACACUUCCACCGCUUCGACCUCGAGCCCCGCGCACACCUCUACCGCGGCCAUGUCCUCCGCGCCUGGGGCCGUUGGCGCGCCGCGCACGCCGCCUACGUCCGCGCCGCCAGCGUGAGGGGCCACGGGUUCUCCGGUACGGACAUCCGGGGCCUGACGGGGGACUGCCUUGCCAUGAUCCGGUUCGAGAAAGAGCGGGAGGCUAGGCUGAGACGGGCACACACCGCUGUGAAGGAAGGCAGGAGAGUGUCGAAGGUGGUCCGGUUUUCAGAUCAGCAGAGGGUCCCUGUUGUCAUCUGCGACGACCGCGACGAAGACGAUGAGGGAACGCGGCCCGAUUCGAGUUCCAGUGAGAUGCAUCUCAUCCUGGACUGUAAUGGGGAGGUCGUCGGCCACCGGGAGAGUCUGCCCGACCUACGGACUGUACGGGGCAGGUCGGUUUGCAGGUCGCCAACGACAUGA